AUGGACAUCAUUGGAUUUCUGAAGUCUCAAUUUAUUUGUCAUCUUAUUUUGAGUUAUAUAUUUAUAGUGUCAGGACUGAUAAUCAACUUCAUUCAACUCUUCACACUAAUUCUCUGGCCAUUCAACAAGCAACUUUUCAGAAAAAUCAACUGCAAGCUGUCAUAUUCUCUUACAAGCCAGUUGGUGACAUUGCUGGAAUGGUGGUCAGGCACUACUUGUACCCUCCAUAUGGAUCAACAAGCAAAGCACAAGCUUGGGGAGGAGAAUGCCAUCGUCAUCCUUAAUCACAACUUUGAAAUCGACUUUGUUUGUGGUUUAAGCUGUUGUGAUAAAUUUGGGGUUCUGGGGAGUUCCAAAGUCUUUGCCAAGAAAGAACUUUCCUACCUGCCGAUCAUUGGCUGGAUGUGGUACUUCCAAGAGAUGGUGUUCUGCAAGCGAAAAUGGGAGGAGGAUCGGGUAACUGUCAUGCGCAGCCUGCUCAACCUCCGAGAUUAUCCUGAACUCUUCUGGUUUUUGAUUCACUGUGAAGGGACAAGAUUUACUGAGCAAAAACAUGAAAUCAGCAUGCAGGUGGCUGAAGCUAAAGGCUUGCCAAAGCUCAAACAUCACCUCCUCCCACGAACCAAAGGAUUUGCAAUCACCGUCCAAUGUUUGAGAAAUGUAGUUUCAGCUGUAUAUGAUACUACACUGAACUUCAGAAAUAAUGAAAAUCCAACACUGCUUGGAAUUUUACAUGGGAAGAAAUACCAUGCAGAUUUUUACGUAAGGCGGAUUCCAUUAGAGGAGGUUCCGGAAGGCUACCAGGAGUGUUCGGACUGGCUUUACAAACUCUAUCAAGAAAGGGAUGUCUUCCAAGAAGAAUACUACAAGACAGGAAGCUAUCCAGGGAUCCCCAUUGUGCUUCCUCGGCGGCUAUGGCCUCUCUUGAAUGGGAUUUUCUGGGCCUUGUUGCUACUCUAUCCUUUAUUCAAGCUGCUCAUCAACAUGAUUAGCAGUGGCUCAUACCUGACACUUGCCACUGUAGCCUCUGUCUUGGUUGCAGUUUCAGUUGGUGUUCGAUGGAUGAUAGGACUAACAGAAAUUAACAAAGGCUCGACUUACGGCAACUAUAAACACAAGGAGAAGCAAAAGUGA